GGCAUGAAGGGAAAUGUGGGGUGUGAUAGAGCUGGGACAGAGGCUGUACUUGUUAGGCAGUAGUAGAUUGCAGUGGUGUGUCACAGGUGAAUUAGAGACAUAUUAGCAAGAGAAGACACAUCUAAAAAGACACAACAGAGAGCUGCUGAGAAAGCUGCAGUGAUGAUACCUACAUUUACAAAUUGUGCCUUAGCAACGGCAGCUGCCACGAUCUUCCUAAUGUGUGGAUUGCUUGAAGUGUCCCAGGCAGGAGUGGUAGGAGACUUCAACCAUGCGGAGCGCUGCAAGGACUCUCUCUUUAUGGGAACACCACCACGAGGAUACCUCAGCAACUCCUAUAAGAAGAUCUGCCAGCGGUAUGAGGACAAACCCCGCUAUAUCACCCUGUACGACUCACACAAACACGUCCCCAUCUACUCAGCCUAUACAUUCAAGAAGUCAGACGGGGAGAAGAAGGUGGAUUUCCCUUGGAUGUUCGAGCCUCAGUUGGCCUCAGACAAGAGCAGCAGUAACAUGGAGCCCUUUCCCCAGUCUGCAAACAUGCACAUGAACUUUGAGGACUCCCAGGCAGUCCUGGAGGACUACGCUGAUGUGGUUCAGUAUGAACGCGGCCAACUAAAUCCCGAUGAGCAUCAGGCUGACCCUCUAGACAAGGCGUCCACCUACACCUUGACGAACGUGGUGCCUCAAAUCAGGGAGUUCAACAUGGGUCCUUGGGCGGAACACCAAGACAUCGUCCGAAAGCGCCUCAACAACUACUGCCGCGGCAAAGCCUUUGUGAUCACCGGGGUCACCACUUCUGGACACACGAUCCGUCGCAACAACCAGGACCGGGUAGCUGUGCCCGAGUACAUGUGGUCGGCCUACUGCUGCACCGAGUUCGACCAAAAUGCGCCGUACUUUGUGCGCUAUAAGUUCCCUGUCUUUGGUGCAUACGGGCUAAAUGAUCGUGUCAACAACCAAAUGGUGGAGGUUCCUCUCAAAAACCUAGAGAAAUUCCUCAAGGGGAGGAUGGAUGUGGACAAGAACUUCCAGAUUUUCUAUAAAGAUUGUGUAUCAGAUAAAUGAUAUAAAAGGUGAUCUUUUGAUCUCUUGGCAGAAAUGUAGCUC